AUGAUGAACAAAAUGGACCGUGCACUUUUGGAACUGCAACUAGAGCCAGAAGAGCUAUAUCAGACCUUCCAGCGUAUUGUGGAGAACGUAAACGUUAUCAUAUCCACCUAUGGUGAGGGAGAGACAGGACCCAUGGGAAACAUCAUGAUUGAUCCAGUUCUUGGUACUGUUGGCUUUGGUUCUGGACUCCAUGGCUGGGCAUUUACACUCAAACAAUUUGCGGAGAUGUAUGUGCAAAAGUUUGCUGCAAAGGGUAACGGCAAGCUGACACCAGCUGAACAUGCAAAAAAAGUGGAAGACAUGAUGAAGAAACUCUGGGGAGACAGGUAUUUUGAUCCUGCCAAUGGAAAGUUUAGCAAGGCUGCAUCAAAUGCUGAUGGAAAGAAGUUGCCUAGAACAUUUUGCCAGCUUAUCCUGGACCCAAUCUUCACGGUUUUUGAUGCCAUCAUGAACUUUAAGAAAGAUGAAACUGCUAAACUUAUCGAGAAACUGGACAUAAAGUUGGACAGUGAAGACAAAGAUAAAGAGGGAAAACAACUGUUAAAGGCUGUUAUGAGACGCUGGCUUCCUGCUGGAGAAGCUCUUCUGCAAAUGAUAACCAUCCACCUGCCAUCACCAGUGACUGCUCAGAGGUACCGCUGUGAGCUGCUGUAUGAAGGACCACCUGAUGAUGAAGCCGCUAUGGGCAUAAAAAACUGUGACCCCAAAGGUCCAUUAAUGAUGUACAUCUCAAAAAUGGUGCCCACCACUGAUAAGGGAAGGUUCUAUGCUUUUGGAAGAGUCUUCUCUGGUGUUGUCUCCACUGGCCUCAAAGUCAGAAUUAUGGGACCAAAUUAUACUCCAGGAAAGAAAGAGGACCUUUACCUGAAGCCUAUCCAGGGGACCAUCCUGAUGAUGGGGCGUUAUGUGGAGCCAAUUGAAGACGUUCCAUGUGGUAACAUUGUGGGUUUGGUUGGUGUGGACCAGUUCCUGGUGAAAACUGCGACAAUCAGCACUUUCGAACAUUCACAUAACAUGCGUGUUAUGAAGUUCAGUGUCAGCCCUGUAGUGCGUGUGGCUGUAGAAGCAAGGAACCCUGCUGAUCUUCCAAAACUUGUGGAGGGUCUCAAGCGUCUGGCUAAGUCAGACCCUAUGGUGCAGUGCCUCAUUGAGGAAUCUGGAGAACAUAUUGUUGCUGGAGCUGGAGAGCUGCAUUUGGAAAUCUGCUUGAAGGAUCUAGAGGAGGACCAUGCCUGCAUUCCAAUUAAGAAAUCUGACCUGGUUGUUUCCUACCGUGAAACUGUGAGUGAGGAGUCAAACCAGCUGUGCCUGUCAAAGUCUCCUAACAAGCAUAACCGUCUGUAUAUGAAAGCCCGUCCAAGGCCCGUCAAACCAGCUGUGCCCAUUACUUGGCAGAGAAAUAUGAGUGGGAUGUUACAGAGGCUAGGAAGAUCUGGUGUUUUGGCCCUGACGGUACUGGACCAAACAUCCUGA